UAUAAAUGGAAAUUUCUAAAUGUUGCCCAGAGAAGACUCUGGUGAGGAGUAAGUUUUGACCAGAGAUGGAUACAUAUAUUUGUGAUGAGUGUCAAAAACAAGAAUAUUCUGACUCUAAAUCCUCCCCUUUCAAGGAUUGCUCAAUUCAAGACUUAGAGUAUUCAGAUACAUUCAAAUAGCGUGAUUAAUUCUAUUAAGCAAGCUUUUGAGAUUCUACGACUGAUUCUUGAACCAGAAAGUGACUCAGCCAGCAGAGCUAUUCUUGAAUCCUCCUCUGUGGAUUCAUUGAUACAAGAACUUAAUCAAGAAGCCCUAAAGAAGGAGCUCAAAGGAUUAGAGCUAGCUUUUAAUGAAAACCAGAUAGUGCUAGAUUAUUGAUGAAGGCAUAGAAUGUAUCUGCAGAUCUACCAAAUCCAGAACAACCUCUUUGAUCUAAACAGGCAGCUGCAGCAAUAUGAGGUAGUUAGAGAGGUUAUGCUAGUUCAACAACAACUUCAGGAAGAAAAUGAAGCUGCUUGUAUAAAAGAGAUCCUAAGCAAGCCUGAAUAGUUGAUCAUUUUCAAUA